GUACCCGGUAGGCGAGUCUCAUUCUGACAUUUUCAAGAUUACAACUCUUCCUGCUUUAAGUGCAAUAUUCUGAACACAGGGGAAGAACCUGGAGUAAAAUACAAACGUAUCUGUCCUCGGUUGAGAUCGACUUCAAAGGUACAAUGGCGAACUUCUGCUGUGGUCUGCUAACUGCCAAGAGGGAACAAGUUCCUCUGAAGAGCGUGGAGGUGGAGCUGGAGGUGAAGGACCACGUGGCCACAGUGAUCUCCACUCUGAUCUACGAGAACAAGGAGGACAAACCGCUGGAGGCCGUCUUUGUCUUCCCUCUGCCUGCAGAUGCAGCCGUGUGUCAUUUCAGUGCAAAGGUCGGACAGACGCACGUUGUUGCUGAGGUGAAGGAGAAGCAGCAGGCUCGUGAGGAGUAUGACGAUGCUUUGAGCUCCGGCCAGCAGGCCUUCCUGUUGGAGGAGAGUGACCAGAGUCCAGACAUAUUCUCUCUGAGCGUGGGCAGUCUGCCCCCGGGAGAGAGCGCCUCCAUCAGGCUGGAGUAUGUCACCGAGCUGGCUGUGCAGGCUGACGACGGUCUGAGGUUCUGUCUGCCUGCUGUUCUCAACCCUCGCUACCAACCUCCAGCUAGUGAAGGAGCCAGUGUCCAGGUGAGCUCCGUUCCAGCCUCCAUGGUGCCUUACACUCUGUCCUUUUCUGCACGAGUGUCGUCUCCUCGUCCAGUCUGGAAAGUAGAGUCCAGCAGUUCCCUGGAGCCUCUUCAGUACCUCAACCCUGAACAGACGCAGGCUACUGUGAAGUUGGCAGCAGGACACAAGUUUGACCGAGACGUUGAGCUGCUCAUUUAUUACAAAGACGCCCACCAGCCGUCUGCGGUGGUGGAGGCAGGACAGGACUCAGCCAAGCCGGCCUCUCUGAUGGGGGAGCCAGUGGUGAUGGUGAGCCUGUACCCUGAGUUCCCUCAGGCCGUGAUGUCCUCGCUCGCCUCGUGUGGGGAGUUUGUGUUCUUACUGGAUCGGUCUGGGAGCAUGAGCUGUCCCACCAGUCACAACAAGCAGGAGGAAACCCGCAUCGGCAGUGCAAAGGACACUCUGCUGCUGCUGUUGAAGAGCCUGCCUGUGGGCUGCUACUUCAAUAUCUACAGUUUCGGAUCGAACUUCGAACACAUCUUCCCGAAGAGCGAGGAGUACAGCGAGAAGAGCAUGGAGGAGGCUCUGAAGAAAGUGGAGGAGAUGAAGGCCAACAUGGGGGGAACAGAGAUCCUUCAGCCGCUCAAACACAUCUACAGCCAGCCCUGCAUUCCCAACCAACCCAGACAACUGUUUGUCUUUACUGACGGAGAGGUGUGCAACACAAAGGAAGUUAUCAAUCUGGUUAAGAAGAAUGCAGGUUCCCACAGGUGCUUCUCUUUCGGGAUUGGUGAAGGAGCCAGCUCCGCUCUUAUCAAUGGGUUGGCCAAGGAGGCCGGAGGUCAUGCCGACUUCAUUACUGGAAAUGACAGGAUGCAACCAAAAGUGAUGCAGGCGUUGAGAUUUGCACUCCAGCCAGCCGUGGAAAGCAUCUCAGUCACAUGGGAUUUACCAAAGGAAGUGUCUGUCACCGUCCUCUCUCCACCCAUCACAACCAUCUUCCAGGGUCAAAGAUCACUGAUUUACGCUCAGCUAUCUGGAAAGAGUUCGAAGGCAGCAGAGGGCUGUGUGACGGUGAAGUACAGCCUGGCGGGUCAUCCCUCUCAAAACCAGCUGCACUUCAGCCUCAAACCUGCAGGAGAUACUGGGUUAACGGUCCACAGGCUGGCCGCUCGGACUCUGAUCCGUUCCCUGGAGCUCGAGGAGGGACUGUCCAGAGGACAGAAAGAUGAAGCUGUGAAGAAGAAGGUGGUGGACCUCAGUGUCCAGUCAGGAGUAAACAGUUCUUUUACUGCCUUCAUUGCUGUCAACAAAGACAACGGCCAGUCAAUUCAAGGACCUCUGGUACGCAGAGACGUUCCAACACCCAGUAUGUUUUAUGGCUCACCAAUGGCACUACAGUGCGCCAUGGGUCCUCCCUCAAAUAAAUAUCUCUCACAACCAAUGGCUUCUUGUGCUAGGAUGGGUGGUCAACGUUCACGUCGGUGUGCACCUCAGAUUUCUCCCUCUCCUAUGUUGUGGGGGGCAGCAAACAUGCAUAUUGACAAAGCGGCUAAUUUUUCACGUGCAGCAGACAUCUGUGAGGAUUUUGGAAUGAUUGAAACAGCAAAAUCUAAAGGAUGUCUGAAGGGGAAACAGAAAAAAAAAAGUAUAGGUAAAUCUGCUGAAACCCCUGAACCCCAGCAGCGCAGGAAAGACCCUCUGCUGCAGCUGGUGUCUCUCCAAAAGGCAUCUGGCUGCUGGAUGCUGGACGCAGCUCUGGCCUCCGUGCUGGGAAAGACCAGUGAAGAGGUGGAAAAGUCCAAGCCUGCACCGGUCAACAAGGAAGUGUGGGCAACCAUCCUGGCUCUGAUGUGGCUUCAUGCUUUUAAGACGGAUGCUAAAGUGGAGUGGGAGCUUCUGGCUCUGAAAGCUGCAUCCUGGCUUCGGGCUCAGAACGCUCCGUGUAUGACAGAGUGUGUUGCUGCUGGAAAUGCACUUUUGGGCUGUAAUGUGCAGGCGGAUGCUCUGAAGAUCUGAACUAGUCGCUGACGUGGCUUCAUCUACAACAUUGAUGACCUGAAGUGUAUUUACUCCUCCCAUCAGCCUUGUUAAUGAGUAUUGCAAUUUGUAAUAUUUACCUCUCAUCUCCAAUGUGCCUUUGAUAUAGUUGCACUGCAUAAAGGUUACAACACACAAAAACCUUUAUUUGUUAUUAUAGAUUAAAACUUCCUGUAAGUGCACUCAUUUGUGUAACUGUAACAGCUAUAACGAUGGUGUUGUUGCCACUGAAGGACAACCAAAAUAAACAAAUUAAUAAAACUGU